AUGAGUGGGCAGUACAAUGAGCUUCAAUCUAAAAUACUUGAACAAAAUCCUCAAGCCCUAUUUAUUUGGUGUUCUGCUUAUAGGUUAAACCUAAUAGCUAGUCAGGCAGUAGGAUCUUGUUCAAAUGCAGUGGAUUUAUUUGGAAAUUUAGAAAAAAUAUUUACUUUUAUCACUGGAAUUUAUCAAACGAUAGAAGAAGUAAGAAAUAGAGAUGGAGGAUUGGAUUUCAAACUUGGUGCUGAUUCUCGUGACAUAGAUAUUUUAGCAGCGAUGUAUUUAGUUAAUAGUGCUAAAGAUUCCAUAGUGGCACUGAGAACUGAAGAAACAUUUGAAAAUAUUUUGAUAUUAGCUAAAGAAUUUGAUGAUAAAUAUGAGAAUGAAGAAUUUGAGCCAUUGCAGACAACAAGAAAACGUAGAGUUAGAAAAAUGGCUGGUGAAUUAUGUAGUGAUGAAGUUGAACAAAAUCCUAUUCAAAAGUUUAAGGUAGAUACUUAUUUUGUAGCAUUAGAUAUUAUUAAAACACAAAUUAGUCAAAGAUUUACAGAUAAAACUAUUGUAGUAAUGAAAGAUUUUGCUUUAUUAUCAACCAAACGUAUAAAAGAAUUAAAAAAAAACACUAAAAGCAUUCCUAUAGAUGCAUUUAAGGCUAUUUGUUUGGUGUAUAAUACAUUAUUAAAGUUAGAAGAUGUCCGUAGGGAGUAUGAACAGUUUAUAAAUUGUGAUUUAAUUAUUAAUGAAACAUUACCAUUGUAUCUGGAUCCUAAUUUGAAUUAUGACAAUUCAAGUUUGAGCUCUAACGAUUCAAACAGUGACAAUACUACAUCUGAACAAUUAAAAACGUGGCAAAAUUCAUCAAGUUUAAUGUGUGUUUUUCAAGAUUUCUGUAAAGCUGGUCUAAAAUCUAUUUUCCCAAGUUUAUUUAUGCUUAUAAAAAUUGGAGUAACUAUUCCAGUAUCAAGAUGUUCCCCAGAGAGAUCUUUUUCCAAAUUAAAAUUAAUAAAAACUCGUUUAAGAAGCACAAUGGGGGAAGAUAGAUUGGAAAAUCUGAUGCGUAUCACCUGUGAAGCUGAUAUACAAUUAGAUUCAGAAACAAUAAUAGACAACUUUGCGACAAAAUCUACACUCACUUAG